GGUCUCUCAAAUUGAAAAUAUAAUUUCUGCUUCAUAGAUUCCUCAAAAAAUUCAGCAUAGCAUCCGUAAUAAGUAGAACAAGUAGGUGGAAUAUCUAGAAUGUUUAUUUGAGAAACAAGAAGACAGGAAGAGGCUUAGAGAACUACUAUCAAGUAAAUUUAUGAAAACCUGUCGGUAGUAUGUCGAAGGCAAUUAAGAAAAUAGUGGAAGAGGCGAGAGAUAAGGAACUCACUGAAAUUGACUUAGCCGAUCGUGAAAUAAAAAGUUUAAACAGCGUUCCUAUUUUGCUUCAGUUACGGCAGCUAACAAAGCUUACUUUAUCUCACAAUAAAUUGACUGCAAUCCCUUCUUCAAUUGUUGACUUGUGGAAUUUGGAACAUUUGAAUCUUUUCAAUAAUUUUAUCGAGGAACUCCCAACUUCCAUCACAACACUCUCAAAACUAAAAUUCUUAAAUGUUGGUGUGAAUCGAUUAAGUUCUUUACCUCGUGGAUUUGGCUCAUUGCCUUGCUUGGAAAUCCUUGAUUUAACCUACAACAACCUGAAUGAAAAUUCUCUACCAGCAAAUUUUUUCUUAUUAGCAGAAAGUUUACGUGCAUUAUAUCUUGGUGAUAAUGACUUUGAAAAAUUGCAACCAGAUUUUGGAAAGUUGAAAAAAUUGCAAGUGUUAGUUUUGCGUGAUAAUGACCUUAUUGAACUACCAGAAGAACUCGGUGAACUUGCAAAUUUGAAAGAACUCCAUAUUCAAAACAAUCGCUUGACAGCAUUGCCACCCUCGUUAGGUAAUCUGCAACUUGGUGAAGCUAGGCGUGUUUUCAAAGCAGAAGGGAAUUCUUGGAUUCAAGCAAUACAAGAUCAGCUCGUUCUUGGAAAUACACAUGUUUUUGAAAAUUUGAAAUCAGAUGCUUAUAAGGAAACAUACAAAAGUCACAUUAAUUCUGGUAUUAGCCCGCCACCGAAAAACGAAAAAGAAAAGACACUAAAAGAAGCAGAAAGAAGGGCUCUUAAAUAAACGAUAAUUUAUUAUCUAUAGUUGAUGGUAUAGAGUUAAGCUAUAUUUUUUGUAUUGUUAUUUUAUGAAAGAGUUCAAGUGGCGGCGGUUUUAGGUAAUCCGUUACCGCUAAAUUGUAAAUAUAUCAAUUUAUCAACUUUUCUUUCA